GAAGUGUAACUCUUGCAACCCCAUCUUCUUGAUUGAGCCUUCUCGACAGAUCUCCUUUUACGCCAGAUUCCAUCAUACCAUAUCCUACGGCUAACCCUUCGAGAUGAUCGAUCCUCAGUUUAGAUUGGCUACGGGCAUUCUAUGCUUCAUUGCGCUGAUAUCGCCAUUGAGUUCGGGUGCGGGGGGCAGAUUCCAACGGAGAGAUGCAAACGUUAAUUUCACCUCAAUGCCCCAGUGCUCGUGGACGGUUUGUUCUCCGCUAUUGAGCUCGCUGCUAGACUGUGGACAAGGGAUAACGGUAGACUGCUUCUGCAGAAGACCAAAUCCUCUGAUAUGUGCGUGGACAGUGAACUGGGAUUGUUGGAACCGUACCGAAGACUGGUACGAUACGCAGUGCCCGGGAAGGCCACCAGUCAACCUCUCCGAAAUUCCCAGCUGCGCGCGCAGUUGCUUUGACAAGGAGAAUGUUUGCAUGGAACAGACCCACAACUGUGUAUGCUCCCAGCCUAGGCCUGACUGCAACUCUGCGACAACUACAUGCGGUUCCGGAGAGGUGGGCUUGUACGAUGCUUGGUAUAGAAAUACUUGCAAGUCCAAUUUGACGGCGUUGCCCACGAGUGCCUCGAAUCCUCACCCAGCAGGGCCGUCCACGAGCUCCGCCUCUGGCACCCCGACCCCACCCCCCCCAUUUCCCGAUGAGAGUUUAUCGAAGGGAGCGACUGCCGGCAUAGCUGUUGGUGUAAUUGCGGGAACCGUCGCUCUAGGCGUUUUCCUCUUCAUGGUCUGGAAAUGGAAAUUUCAACUGUCGGGCGGGAACGGGGUGGUGCACAAUCCGGACCCAAAGGCUAGGUCCUAUCCAACCCCAAGUAUGGCCCAGCCAGCACCCCUUGUUGAGGCCCCGUAGGACCCCAGAUGGCCUGUCAGUGAUUUUAUCGGGGCAGGGAAGGUUUGAGAAAAGAUAUUAUGGGACGGGAUAAGAAUUUGGAUGUUUGCCAAGCGCAGUUCUUUCUUUAUUUUGUUUCUUUGACAUCGUUUUCAGUUUUUGAUUUCC